GUUCACCCUUGGAAGUUUACCGAGGACCCCUAGUGUUGGUCGAGAAGCACUACGAGUAAAGCUUGCAUCCAGUAGGGGUCAGUAGAGAAACCCAUACCUCAAUGUUCCUAGUUCAGGAGGAAGAUCACAGCGACCGUUUUCCUCCCGUAAAUUCAUGAUGGCGGCCGCGUUGAGAGGGAGUCUUGUAACAUUGGCCAAGGGUCUGAGUGGUGCCCGGUUGCACCCGUUGUGCACCCGCUCUCUGAGUUUGACCUCCAGUCAGAAUGUUUCGGAGAGUCCUCCGGCGCGGGCUGACAGCACCUUCAAGGUCACCUUGGUCCCUGGAGAUGGAGUUGGACCUGAGCUGAUGACUGCUGUCAAAGAGGUUUUCAAGGCAGGUGAUGUUCCUGUGGAGUUUGAGGAGUUUCACUUGAGCGAGGUGCAGAACAUGGCCAGUGAGGAGAAACUGGAAGAGGUGUUGGCCUCCAUGAAGAACAACAGAGUCGCCAUCAAGGGAAAGAUUCACACUCCUAUGGAGUACAAGGGUGAACUGGCAUCAUAUGAGAUGAGACUGAGGAGAAAGCUGGACCUGUUUGCCAAUGUGGUUCAUGUGAACAGUCUGCCUGGCUACAGCACCCGCCACAAUAACCUGGAUCUGGUCAUCAUACGGGAGCAGACGGAGGGAGAAUACAGCUCUCUGGAGCAUGAGAGUGUUUCAGGUGUGGUUGAGUGCCUGAAGAUCAUCACCAGGGAGAAAUCUCGCCGUAUCGCUAAAUUUGCAUUUGACUAUGCCACCAAGAAAGGCCGCAGCAAAGUGACCGCUGUCCACAAAGCAAACAUUAUGAAACUCGCGGAUGGUCUCUUCCUGCAGAGCUGUGCGGAGGUGGCUGAGCUUUACCCCAAGAUUAAAUAUGAAAACAUCAUCAUUGAUAACUGCUGCAUGCAGCUGGUGCAGAAUCCUUAUCAGUUUGAUGUGCUAGUGAUGCCAAAUCUCUAUGGCAACAUCAUUGAUAACCUGGCAGCAGGGCUGGUGGGCGGAGCCGGCGUAGUUCCAGGCGAGAGUUACAGUGCAGAAUAUGCUGUGUUUGAAACGGGUGCCAGACAUCCCUUCGCUCAGGCUGUCGGCAGGAAUAUCGCAAACCCUACUGCUAUGCUCCUCAGUGCAUCCAACAUGCUGAGACACCUCAAUCUUGAGUAUCACUCAAACAUGGUGUCUGAGGCUGUCAAGAAAGUCAUCAAGCAGGGCAAGGUGAGGACGCGAGACCUAGGGGGUUACAGCACCACUGGUGACUUUGUGCGUGCGGUUGUGGACAACCUGCGCCAUCGGACUGUUUGAAGAUGCUUGCCAUUGUCAAUCCUGGAUCACCCUAUACAUGCCACUUCUGAUCUGAAUAUGUUCAAAGACCAUUUUAAAGCAGCCCUGUCAUAUCCUACAUUUUCUUUCCCCUUUUCCCAUUUCAUUUUUUUUUUCUCCUAUUUCUGGCUGGUUACUGAUUUCUGUUUGUUUUGUUUCUUUUCAUGCAUCCGUAUACAUUUUUCAUUUCUGUUUGUCACAGUAUGAAUCUUUAACCUGAAUUACAGUUCUGUUUAAAAGUUUGGGGCUGAUAUGAUUUCAAAGGUUUUUUUGAUUAUUUGAUCAAAAUACAGUAAAACUGUGAAAUACUAUUAAAGUGAAAAAUAACUUUUCUAUAAAAGAAAAAUGUUGCUGCAAUGACACAUGAUCCUUCAGAAAUCAUUCUAAUAUGCUGAUUUGGUGCAUAUGAAUCAUUUUUUCAUCAGUGUUAAAAACGGUUGUGCUGCUUGAAAUUUUUGUGGAAACUGUGAUACUUUUUUCCAGGAUUCUUUGAUGAAUAGAAAGUUCAAAAGAGCAGCAAUUAUUCCAAAUAGUCACCCCAAACUUUUGAAUGGUAGUGUAUGUCUGACAUUGCUUUACUGUGCUGCUUUUAUAGAAUCUCUGUUUGGGGCUGGUCCUCCUCGAAUUGCCUUUGUGAUUCCAGGACCUCAUUGAAUUUGAUUUAUCAGCAAGUUUGCAAAAGCCAUUUGGCAUAUUGAGACUGAAGUGCCAGCGGUGUUUUUGUCCUUCUUAAUGUCAUUAAUGUAAACAUCACUAAUCAAAUCUGCUGCUGUCAUAAGUCAGAUGGGCAAUUAUUGGUUUCAUUUCAUGAUGCAAAUGUUCUCAGCAGGAAGUCUGCUCUGUGCCAUUGCUGACUAACUGUGGAAAUGAUGACUGACUGAUAUCAAAGGCAAAUGAUAUCUCUCUGCUUCUCAGGCAUUUUUAAACUUACCUCAGUCAUUGCGGUACUGAUCUAGUUGCCUUCAUAUUUUUCUAAGCUCAGCACCUGCAGUAUUAGUAUUUUCACUCUUACCUCUUACCUUGUUUGGGAAGGUGGAUUCCACACAUUUCAAUUUACACAGAUUUCUCAAGGUUUAUUCAUGCUUUAAAUGAACUGACCAAUGUUGUCAAAUGUGAAUUUUUAUUUUCAAUGGCAAAAAAAUAAAUAUGUAAAACCAAAAGGAUGUCA